CGAGAGGCCUUGCGUUCUCGCGAGGUUGAACGGUAUUUGCGUGCCUCCUGGCAUGGUGGAGAAAUGGAGCAAGAGUUGCUUUCGGCCAUUGACAGAUGAUAGAGGUUGGGUUCCCUUCCUUGAGGAAAGCCUUUCCCAAUCAUGGUGCUGCACUGGAGUAAAUUGUGCACAGUGCUGUUCCUUUCACAGGCCUGGUGCUUCUUGCACAGCUUUGAGGAGGAAGUCAUUCCUGAUGAAUGGGUUCUCCUGCAUGUGGUACAGGGGCAUAUCGGUGCAGGGAACUACAGCUACUUAAGACUAAACCACAAUGGCAAGAUCAUCCUGCACAUGCAGAGCCUCAAAGGUGAUGCUGACCUUUAUGUUUCUGAUAGCACCCUGCACCCCAGUUUUGACACCUACAAACUGCAGUCGGUCACCUGUGGUCAAGACGUAGUCGUGGUGCCCAUGGAUUUUUCACGCCCCGUGGGCAUUGGCAUUUAUGGGCACCCUUUUCACCAGGAAAGUGAGUUUGAAAUGAGAGUCUAUUAUGACCAGACUGUCCAUGAGGAUCCUUUUACCAAAGGCUCUUAUUCUCCAGAAGACAUGGGGAAACAGAAAAGGUACCAGGAGGUCUCUGCGGAGGACAUACAGGAGGAAGAAUCAGUACUUUGGACCAUCAUCAUUGGAAUUCUCAAAAUAAUACUUGAAAUACUGUUUUAAAACAAUGCCUAGGCGUCCUCUGUAUCCUAAGAAGGCUAACAACUCAAGUUGUUAUGGGAAAACGCCACUGUCUCAGUUAACAGAUCCUCCUGAUCAUGUGCAGCAAUCUGGAAAAAUGGGUUUAAACACGGGGACCAAAUGCAGAAAUAAAAACGUUUUGGAAUUCGAUGUGUUAUAUUUAUUUGUGGUAAAAAAAAUGUUUAUUUGCAUUUGGAUGGAAAGCACCAGUCAGAACAGCCAACAAUAUGUACAGUUGCUUUUGUAUUGUGGCCCAAAUGGUAACAUCUUUGUUUUUUUAUUUGUCCAUCUGGUGAAGUAAAUAUUAUGUCUGGAUUUGAUUUAUAAAGAAACAUUGACAUUUGAA